ACCCCGGAUGUGGCUGCCCCGGAUGUGGCUGCCCCCACGCACGCGCUGGAGGCUUCUGGGAAGCUCUCGUGAUGGACUUUCUGAAAGCGGAGAUAGUGAGGAAAAGGAAACUUAUUGAGGAUAAAAAUCUCGUGGAGGGAAACAAAAGGUACUUCAAGCGAGGUGACUUGGCAAAGAAAGAAGAGGAGGCAUACUAUGAGAGAUGCGGCCUCAAGAGGGCUUCUCACAAGGCUGCCGAGAAACAACCCCAGAUGAUGCCCAGUCAGCAGGAGGAGAAGGAGAUUGCCACGAGCAGCAUGAUGGACAUGGAGCUCAUGGGGGAGAAGCUGCCUAUGACGCUGAGCCGACAGGAGGUCAUCAAGCGACUGCGAGAGCGGGCAGAGCCAAUCCGGCUCUUCGGCGAGAGCGACUAUGACGCGUUUCAGCGGCUGCGCAAGAUCGAGAUCCUCGCGCCCGAAGUUAACAAAGGUUUGAGAAACGACUUGAAGACAGCCAUGGACAAGAUCGACCUGCAGUACCUCAACGAGUUGGCGGCCGGGCAGGAGACGGAGGAGGAAGGUCAGAACGACCUCAAGGUGCAGGAGGAGAACACCACCAUCGAAGAGCUGCAGGAAUUGGGGAAAACUCUGGGCACAGAAAACGACCACCAGGACAUGGACCUGAUUCUGAAAGUCUUAAAGUUCCUGCUGGGCAGCUGGGCUAAGGAGCUGAACAGCCGUGAGGAGCACGUGAAGAGAGGCGUGGCGGGGAAGCUGGCCAGCGCCACGCACAGCCAGACCGAGGCCUACCUGCAGCCGCUCUUUCGCAAGCUCCGCAAAAAGAAUCUGUCAUCAGACAUCAAGGAGUACCUCACGGACAUCACCAAGUUUGUGCUGCAGAGGGAGUAUGUGAAGGCCAACGAUGUGUACCUGCAGAUGGCCAUUGGCAACGCCCCAUGGCCCAUCGGGGUCACCAUGGUGGGCAUCCACGCCCGCACGGGUCGCGAGAAGAUCUUCUCGAAGCACGUGGCGCACGUCCUCAACGACGAGACGCAGCGCAAGUACAUCCAGGGGCUGAAGAGGCUGAUGACCGUGUGCCAGAGGAAUUUUCCCACCGACCCCUCCAAGUGUGUGGAGUACAAGGCUCUCUGAACAGAUGCCAGCCUCUCCAUCCAAAUCUCCCACCCCCCCCCCACCUUCUCUUGUAAAUGUACCCGACCGCAUUACCGUAUUUAUUGUAAAUGUAUCCGGCCGCGUUACCGUAUUUCUGUUGGAUGGCGGCCACCCGCCCUCGAGAGCGCGCGGCGAGAUGCCCACCACCCGGAUUGGCUACGGGAGCUCGCGCUGCGUGAACACAUUAAAACUCUCCGGCGGGGAGGAGGAGGUUACCAAAGCUCGGUCUAUUUCUGGUCACUUCCCUUUUUUUUUUUUGCAAAAUAAAAAAGGGAAUGAAGAGAUGGCCAUAGUGUGCUUGGGAGAGAGACGGGGUAAAUGUAACGCGCGCUGAUAAGGUAAGGAGUCUUAAAACAUCUGUAGGAUGUAGGUGUAUUGUGCACGUAUGAGGCGUUUCCGUGGUUCAAGCCCACUCGCUCACAGCGAUUUGAUGAAUCGUCACGGUUUCGAGGUUGUGCUUGGUCGCAUUUGAUGUUUUUUUCUUUGUGCCAGUCUCCCUCGCUCCAUCAGCCUGCAUGUAACGCGACGAGCAAAUCAUUUUAUUAACGUUUCUCACCAUUGUCAUCAAAAUGUUUGUAAACCUUUUUGUAUAUGAUUGUUAAUAGUUUCACGCUCAUCUGUGCACGUGCUGUGAGUGUAAUCGAUUUUUGUCAAUUGGUGAAUCUUUUCACGUGUGACAUGCGUGUGCGCAUUACACAUGUACACACGCGCACACACGUGUAAAGUCUUGGGCUUUCCCAAGAAAUAACUACCAGGAUGUGACUGCACACGUCUUGAAUAAAAACACUUGGAAAAUU